GUACAUGUACUAGCACCACCGGUACUACCGGUAGUAUACAGUAACAUAACGACGUCAGUGCCAGUAGUGAGUCGAGUAGCCUAGAGAGUAGAGGCAAAAGGACAACAGGCUGCUGCCGUGCUGGGAGAGCUGAACAGGCUAACGAGCGCAGUACGGAUCCGACCUGGACUACAGACUACAUACAGACUCACCAACCACCGAUGGCGACUACCUCACAUCGCCGUGAUUCUAUUCCCCAGUCCACUCCAUCACCAGGCAGUACAUUUACAUCUUCUGCAACACCACCGAUGAUGUCAUCCAGCGCUUCCUCAGCUGAAACAGCAGCUAGAGUGCCCAGACAAGGUUCAGCCUCAGAUCAGACUACUUUGCCCAGAAACACGUUGUCACCAUCAUCAUCAUCAGCAGCAGCAGCAGCAGCAGCAGCAGCAGCAGAAAUAGCUGAAUCUCCAACAAAGCAGCGUGAUUACACACAGAUCCACAAAGCAAGGUACUCAUUCGGUAGCAAGGGCAGUGGGAGAGAUCAGUUUAACUGCCCUUGGGGACUAGCAACCAACAAAGCUGGUGACCUGAUCAUCUGUGACUGCGGCAACCACAGAAUAAAGAUACAUGGGGUUGGUGGCCAGUUCAAGAAGACGACUGGUCGCAUGGGUACAAAAUGUGGAGAGUUCAACUUCCCAGCAGCUGUGCAUGUAACAGAUGAUGAACGAGUGAUCAUUGCUGAUUCUUCCAACAACCGACUACAGGUGAUGACCGUCAAUGGAGAGUUUAUCACUUCGUUCGGUUCAAAGGGUAGCGCUUUUGGUCAGCUGGAGAGACCGGAAAAUGUCACUACAGAUGCCUACGGCAAUGUUCUAGUCGUAGAUCAUGGCAAUGGACGUGUUAUGAUCACUGACCAAAACUACUCAGAGUUCAGCACUAUAGGAAUACGUGGAAUAGAAAUUGGCGAGUUCCAUGAGCCAAUUGGUGUUGUCCUAGUCAACCACAGUGUACUGGGCCCGUGCUUUGCUGUGGCAGAUAACUACAAUCAUCGGAUUCAGACGAUGACCGUCAAUGGAGAGUUUAUCACUUCGUUCGGUUCAAAGGGCAGCGCUUUUGGGCAGCUGUGCAAACCGUAUGAUGUCACUACUGAUGCCUACGGCAAUGUUCUAGUCGUAGAUCAUGGCAAUGGACGUGUUAUGGUAUAUGCCGCAGAAACUUACACACCACUGGCUGAGUUUGGAAAAGGAGAGCUGGACAAGCCGAUGGGUGUCUGCGUGACAAGUGAGGGCUUAGUAGCUGUUUCCUGUGAUGGAAGCCACAAGAUUUUUGUGUUUUAA